AAAAAAAAAAAAAGCCGCGCCGAGGAAACCCUAACCACCAUCGAUCGAUUCAGCGGCGGCCAUGGCGGAGGUGGAGAUCCAGGCGACGAGCAGGGCACUCGCGGAUAUAAGCAUCCACAGCAAUGACGGCGAGGGCGAGACAAGGCCGGGGAGGCCAAUUCGUGGGGUCGCGACCGGCAAGGUCGUGGCCAAGACGAGGCCGCUCCGCCUCAAGGGGAUCAACCGAGUUCCUCCCGAUGAGAACCAACCGCCGCCUCCAGCCCGAGACGGGGCAGAGGACCGGGAGAAUCGACGGCCACUUUCGAUCCUGGACGAGGCGGCGGCGGCGGAGCAGCUCAAGGAGGAGAAUGCGCUCAUCAGGUACCGUCGCUGCUGGGAGAGAAGCUGGGCCCCCUCUUUUGGUUCCUUUGAGGACGAAACGAGUAUUGGUCCCAUGAGGUAUACAUCUGGACCCAUCCCGGCAAAUGCUUUUCCAGAAGAGACAUUGCAGAUAUUCUCCAUCAGAGUCAGGGCCCCAACAGAUGGUCUCAAGUGGCCACUGCAUGUCCAUGGCUAUGUUGCCACCAGAGACACGGCAGAUCAUAAUCGCAACUAUCUCUUCAGACGCACAAGGGAUAACUGCCAAACCGUCACCCAAAAGGAUCCAUUCUUGCAAUUAACAGGCCCAUCUCGUGGAAUUGUGUACCUUGAUCCGAUUACAUUUGAAAUUGAGCUAAAAGUAAAGGGCCAGGGGGAGUCUGAAGAUGAGAUGUUGGCUUUCAGUGUCUUUUACUACGGCGAUGGGUUCCAUUGUGAACGCAGGAUUUCUAUAUGUAACCCCCACAAGCGUUGCACGCUUGAGUAUUCAGUGGCACUCCGGCAACACUCAGUUGAGGCCACUAUCAGUAUCAAGGUUGUUGAUGGGUCAUGGCCGGAUAAUCACCGAGGACAGGUUGUUUGCCUUACCUCUGGGGUAAAGGGGAAGAUUGUUCUGCUUGGUUCUGGAGAUGGAGAGUUGCCCAUCUGUUCGAAUGGCAUGAUCGAGCUUUCAAGGCGUGUUGUUUCUGUGGAACUAGGAGAAAAAUUGAUGGUUGCCGUGGACGCGUCUCUGUCUAGUUUUCUUGCACGAGGUACUGCUGCAUUCAAGCCAGAAAAUUCUGGCACAAGCCACGGCAUGAUUGAUCUUGGUACCUGCAAGAUGCAAGUUACUGUUGCUUGGUCCCGUUUUGUUAUUAUCUAAACAUACCCUGUAUGGGGUAGUGUUUUCUUGUGGUCGAGAGUUGUCUAAAUAUUUUGAAGCUGUCGAACUGUCUAUUUAGUCAUUUUCAGUGCCAUCCUAGGCUGUUGAACUGUUUCUGUAUGAUCGUGUUAUGGUACUUGUUGAGACGUUGAGGGAACACAUAUGAUACUAGUAUAAACUUUGUUAUUUUCAA